AUGUCGAUUCCUUGUCUCUUGAGGUCAGUGGCGAGCUGAGCUUUCUCCGCUAGCUUCGAUUCGACGUCGUUUGUUGUGCACACGACAAGAGCCACGGUCUAUACGCAAGCCCGUACAAGUACCUUUUUGAGAGCUUGCAAGGGUGAUCUUGCCAUCAUGACGGCUCUGAGUUGCCCUUAUUUGACAUUCGGGUCCACUGGCUGCUGUCUCUUGACUGCCUUGGCCGCCAUUGUGUCAUAACUCCAGCUAUUGAAACUGUCAUUAAAAGGGCUAGGAAAGAUUACCACAUAGAUUAUAUAUGCGUCACCUUCCAAUAUGGCAUCACAUGUAUAUGCCAGUGCCUUUCAGUGCUGUGUACCAGAUCCGGCAAAGCCCAAUGCUCGUCUGAGCGAACAAGAGGAAGCCUUUUCUUGCAAGAUCAACAGAGCCCUCGCAUCUGGCCCCAUCCAGGUUACCAAGGACGCUACCGUUGCGGAAUGGACUCACGAUCGUGAGGUCAAAGUCAUUCACGAAGGCACGAAUGGGUGGACGUGCUUUCCGGGCAACGAAAAUCACGUUGUGAACGUGCCAAUGGCCUGUGACGCUCAAGGCCUCCAGUGGAUCAAAGAUGCUUAUGCUGGCAAAGAAAAGCCAACAAAUACUGCACCAGGAAUUAUCUACAUGAUGUGUGGUGCAAAUCAACACAGCAGUGUCAGUGUAUCGGAUGUCACGAGCCCGGCGAUUGCAUUGGACCACACUGCAUGAUCAUUUGGCCUUUUGACUCAAAACGGUAUGGGUUGCCAAACACGGUCCGCGAUGAAGGGGCUUGGGUCAUGUUUGACGGGACGCCCUAUGCGGAUUUGCACGUUUGUGGAAAUCCAUGGGCGGGCAAGGAAUAUGAUUCCGAGACAAAUAAGGCGAACUGGGACUUGAGAUAUCUUACGAGAUAGUGGUGAAUUAACAAGCCUGAUUUUGGUCCCAAAGCCGCAUUGUGUGUUCAAGGAAGGGGUUGAACCAGACGAAUUGAUUCAAACAAGGACGGUCGAGGAGCAGUAAGCAUUCCUCACCGGGUCCUUGAAAACUUGCCAUAAUUUGGAGAUUGCUACUAGAGACUCCAAAAGAAUAUUAUUAGCCAUCCUUUUUUA